UAUAGAUCAAACAGGUUGAAUUCCGUAAAGCGCAUAUGUGCGCAUUUACCUAUAAUAUACGUGACGGAUACUAUAGGUACGUGCGCGCAUAUGCGUUUUAUGGAACUUAGCCAUAUAUAUACACUAUACAUACAUAUUACACAUGCUAUAAUAGUGUGAACGUAGUAAAACACGCGUUAUUAGAAGAAAUAUGCACAUGCAUAAUAAUUUUUAAAAAAUUAAAUUAUGACAAUAAUUUAGCUGAUAGAUUAGGGACAUCACAAUGCCUAUUUCGAAGGAGUUUCGACUUGUCAAGUUGAAUAGAAUUAAUAAAAACAUGUAAGAAUGAAUCGUUGAGGUUAUAAUCAAGCAUAAAAUAAAUCAGGAUAAGAAUAGUGCAUAUCAAGAGAUAUCUGUCUGAUAAAUUAUUUUUACAAAAAUAUGUAUGUACAUAUAAAUAUUUUAAUAGAAAUUUUUUUAAUAAAAUGAACAAAUUCAUAAAUAACAUCAAAAAAUUGGAUUUAUGUAUCAUGUGUAUGUGUGAAAAUUAGAUUUACAAAUCAUAAAUAUAGAGAUUUAUGUAUUUAUCGUGAGACAUGUCGCAAACGCCGUAUAUAAAAAUUUGUAUGAAGAUUGUUAAAAAACUAUGUCCAUUAGUGACAUUAAUAUGCACUAUAUUUGUUAUCGCGAUUACUAUUCACAUCAAUCAGAAAAUUUCUCCAAUUUUUGUCUUUCUCUGUAUGCAAGUGUAUUUGAAUUGGUAUUCAAUAUAUAGCAUCAGUUACAAAUCAAAUCCAAUGAAAGUUAAAGAAAUACAAGAUAACUUGUGCAGCGUGAUUGCUCAACAGCGUAAGUUUGAGCAACCAUUGGCUAAUGUGCAGCAGCUACCAGCAUACAAUACAGCCUACAGAUUCUGGCAUUGCGAGAGAUGUCAGAGUUACAUGUGCAAGCCGACGCAGCAUUGCACCCUCUGCCGAAAGUGUUUCCACUUCAAGGAUCAUCACUGCUUCUUCUUAGGUGCUUGUGUAUUGCGGCAGAAUAUGGGCAACUUUAUAUUAUUUUGCUUCUAUACUUCAUUGACAUGUCUGUAUUCCCUGUGCGUGCUGGGGCCAUACAUGUAUGAGAACAUUAAUCACAUAGUGAAAAGUGACGCGGAUUACUUUAAUAUAUUCCUGAACUUUUGCUUCCCUAUCGCCCUAGCAAGACUGCUACAUUCCAGGGAUAGUUCGAGUAUAUUUCUAGUCACGACGUUUGAUAUGUUGAUGUCGAUUUUGUGCAUUUGUCUGGUGCUUGGAAUUUGGAAACUGCACAGUUGUUUGUCCGGCAAACAACGUUAUGUAAACGUAACAGGGAAGCAGAAUUUGAAGGAAAUCUUUGGAAGCUAUGGUCUAUCAAAUAUUAUUUUUCCAUAUAAUGGUCUCAUAGGUACAAGAGAUAUCAAUGGCAAAUAUGAAUUAAAGGAAGUAUGAAACUAGAUGGACAAUGGAUUAAAAUUAAGUCUAAUACAUAUUUUUCUUGUAUUAUGUACUUAUAU